AUUUUUGCCGUUGCCGCCGCUUGAUAUCCGUGUGGAAGUGGAGAAUGUUGGAGCUGUAUUGGAGAAUCGUAUGAUAAAAUAAAUUGUGGGAUGUUAUAAGGCCUUGGAUAAAAUGGAAGAUAUGCAUGGUGCUCGCCCUGGCUUCGGAGGAUCUGACUUUGGCAACCCAACUAGAGCGGGAUUUUGGAGAGGACCGUGGCCUGACCCCCCUGGUGACCCGCCCGGACCCCCAUGGCGCGGGCCGCCGCCGCCCCGAUUCCGUGGCCGCGGCGGUCCGCCCGGCCCGCCAUGGAACGGUCCGCCGGGCCCGCGCGGUCCGUGGCGGGGCCCGCCUCCGCCACCGUUCUUCCGCGGUCCGCGGCCGCCGUUCCGGGGUCCGCCGCCGUUCGACCCUAACUGGGACCCGCACCCGGGCAUGAUGGGUCCCGGUGGGCCGAUGGAGCCGCACCCGCCAGGCCCACCGGGUAUGGGCGGCCCGGGCAUGGGCCCGCCGCCGGGGCAUUGGAGCGACCCGAUGAGCCCUCCGUCCGGGCCGCCGCCGUUCUCGGGCCCGCGGCCGAGCCACCACUCGGCGCCGCCGCCCCAGAUCGCAGACCUGGAGGUGCCGCCAGCCGCCCGGCUGGCCGCCGCCGCCGUAGCUGCCGGCGAGAUCAACCCCACCGAGCUGCUCGAGGUGGAGUCUGAGCCGCUCGAGGUGGAGUCUGAGCCGCUCGAGGUGAAGUCUGAGCCGCUCGAGGUGAAGUCUGAGCCGCUCGAGGUGAAUUCUGAGCCGCUCGAGGUGACGCCUGAGCCGGUCGAGGUGAAGUCUGAGCCGCUCGAGGUGGAGGAGGUGGAGGAACCGGCGCCGGCCAAACAGGAGGACGAGAGCCGUCCGGUCAGCUCCACGCCCGUGCCCGGCUCGCCCUGGUGCGUGGUGUGGACCGGGGACGGCCGGGUGUUCUUCUACAACCCGUCGACGCGCACAUCCGUCUGGGAGCGUCCCGAGGAACUGAACGGCCGCACUGACGUCGACAAGAUGCUGCAGCCGCCCAAACAGGAGCCCGCGGAGAGCAAGGACGACGAGCCGCCCGCCAAAAAGGUCAAGGUCGAAGAGACCAAAAAAGAAGUGAAGGAGGAGGCGCCCGAGGAGAUCGAUCUCGGGAAGGAAGCGGCCAUUGAGGCGAGAUCCGAGAUCCCCAUGAAGCAGUCCAGGGACAAGCUCAACGAAAAGGAGUUCAACAUGGCACCUGCUGUCAGCAAGAGAAGGAGGAGGAAGAUCCAGGCUAGGCGGUGGGCAGCGGGGAGGGUGGUGACGGUUAAAGUUUUGAUGGUUGGGGAUGAAAAGUUUAGUGAUUUUAGGGUUGGGCCUCACCUCGAUGUCAUCAACAGAAAAAUUCGUCGCACAUCCCUUAAGACCGAGUUCAUCAACUUCGAGCACACACCUCCCGUUCUGUCCUAUUAUGGAGAAUCCUGCACGAACGCACUUGUAACUGCAGAUAUCCUGGGGAGGGUGGGGUUGCUGUGUGGCAAGGAUAGGACUCAACUCUUUUUGCUUUUCUUUUCGAUGGGCGGAAACGGGGUGUUCAGUCGAACAGGGCGUAAGUCCGACGAAGAGACACAGACGGAGCUGGAUGCCCACGAAAAUCUUUUGCGGGAGCUCCUUGCCCAAAAUUCCAAUCUGUGUGCGCUUGUGUUUGGUGUUUUUCCUCGUCCGGCUCUCCGCGAGCAUUUCAGCUUCCUGAGAAGGGUUAAUUACUGCAUGCGAAGAAGGGUGGCGGCGGUUGCAAAAGCGUCCGGGCGAAGGGUGACAUUCGAGGAAGUUGGGCGAACUCUGCGGUCAAAUCCCGACCUUUUCUCUUCAGAUGGGGUCCAUUUGACGUCGCCGGGAACACGGACCAUCCUGGCCCGCAUGGCGCAAUACUUCGUUUCUAUCGCGUCCCUUAGGUUCGCCCCGCGAAGUGUGCACUGCGUGACACAGGGCGAGAAUGAGGAGAGUCAAUGAGUGCGAGAGCUCGAGUAGGUGUAGGAAGGCAAAAAAAGCCACUGAGCAGGUGAUACCUACCGACUCGGUCCGCUGAGCCGGCGGGGCUCCUAUCUAAGUAAGCUCCUAUUGUGUGAGCAGCACGGUGACCUGGCCAGUGUAAAGUUUAGCGGUGCGGUGGCGCGAAUGUAGGUAUGUGUGCAAAUGUGACGUAUGUUAUGUUUGUAUGUUGUGCUUGUGUGUUAUGUUUUGCCCGCCUUACUCGUUUCACCUGACUCGGCAGCCAAUAAUAGCCAUUUUCGGAUGGAUCGGCUUGCAACGAGUAGUACAAAUCAAUACACUGCAAUAUAUUGCAA